ACAGCGUCAGUCAAUGAAAACCUGCGACACUAAACGCCGGAAGACCGGUCGCUUUUCCCUGUGACGUCACCCGGCAUCGACCAAUGGCAUGCCCGCUUUCCUAUUGAACGGUGCGAAACAUGGCCGCAAACCGAAAACAUAUGGAGUGAAAAACGGGCAAUUUGGCACGAUGAAAAUUGCCCUAUUAUGCGUUGUCAUCACACUCUCGCGCUGUGAAUGGGUUUUCGCCGACAGGGAGCUUUACCCCGGGCUUAACUACGACUUAGACGCGCAACAAACCAGGCCAAGUCUGUCCAACAUUGACGAGUCGACAUUUUACGACAACGUUUAUCAACCGAGGCCUUGGCAACGCUUGUCCAUCGAUGAAGACGACAGCAGCGAAAGAGCGGUACCUCGAAAUGAUUUGAAUGCCGAAAAAUUAGUUAAACUCUACAGCUUACUUAAGAUAGCGAGCGAUGAAUUGGGCAACAGGCACCACACAAAUCGUUACGACAAGCUUUUGCAACGGGUUGAAGAUAGGUACAAACAGCUUUUAGAUACCACUGAUAGGAUUAAUUUUUUGGACCAAUACUACUUUAAUUCGCCAAACGGACAAAGACUGGAAGAGGCGAGGAUUUUUCCGCAAGAGGACGACUUUAUAUUCAACGACGAAGAAGAAAACAAUUUCGAAGAUCCGAGAGAAGAAGCCGCUUUGCAAGAUAUGAACCCGGCAACCAGUAUUCGUCGCAAACUUCCAACGCCCGCACAUGGAAUGCAUCACGAUGACCAGGACUACCAUUUCAAGGUCGGCGAAGAGUUUCCUAGUACUUCCUUCAAAGACAUUCCCAUAGUUAAAGACCCAUCUGAAUUUGGAGUUUCUCCGUCUGAUCCCAGAUUUUUUGAGAAAACUUCGGCGAUAGGAACAGAAUCCCUAUCUCCUGACACCCAUUACGUCAAACCUCCGAUUCAAUAUCCCCAACCGAAAGCUCCGACGAACCGCUUCAAUAACAUUCAUCCAAGGAGCGAGUCCUCCAAGGAUCAGAGACCGGAAGAAGAAUAUCUGGCGCCUGGGUUUAGGUCCAAGAUGGCAGGACACGACGUGGAGGUGGUCGCCAUUAAACCAGACAUAUCACAGCCUGACACUACGGGGGUUUACAUCAUCGCUAUCGUGGCAGGGAUAAGCGCUGCUGCGACGGUUGGUUUAAUCGCCGUCGGAAUUGGUUGGUACAACUUGCAGAAGCAUAUGAAAAAUGCGGAAGACGCCGAUUAUCCCUCGUACGGUAUCGUGGGUCCCAACAAGGAUUACGAGAAAAGGGAACGAGACGACGCCGGGGAUAGAAGGCUGGCGCAGUCGGCCCAAAUGUAUCACUAUCAGCAUCAGAAGCAGCAGAUAAUAGCCAUGGGGAGAAAUCCUCAAGGAGGUCAUGGCUCCUUAUCGGAUACAGAUGAAGAAGAAGAUGAGGAGGGGAACUACACCGUGUAUGAAUGCCCGGGGUUGGCUUCCAUCGAGGGACCCUUGGAAGUAAAGAACCCUAUGUUUGACGACGAUCAGUUGACUACUCCUUCCCAAACUCCAUCAAAACCGACCAAUUCCAGUGAUGCUAAGUAAAUUUUCGCAACCCAACUAAUUAUUUAUUUAAUGUCAAGCAAUGAAGAUUUGAAGAAAUGAAAAUGAUUUUUUAUUUUGCCGUUUGAAUCCCAAAAAUUUGAAACAUUUUUUGGAACAGAUAAUACAACAUAUCUGAUACAUAUAGGUACUUGCUACAUAACUUCUAAACAUCAUUACGACUGGAUAACCUAUAAUGAAAGUGAUACGUUUCACCUAAUGUUUUAAUUUUUUAUAGGUUUAUAAAAAUAAUAUAUGUAUUUUACUUCUUUUUACAUUUCUUAGCUGAUAGUAAAAAGAGAUUAGAAAAACGCCCAUUCAUGUAGAUAUUAGUCUAAUAUACAUUAUAAACUAUUCGUGUUGAGGUCUUUGUUUAUUUAUUUAAAUAAUAUAUUAUGGGGUUAGAAACACCCAAAGCAAAAUAUUUAAGAAUAUUAUUGAUAAUAUAAAAAACCAAAUGUAAUAUAUUGAUUACUUAACUCCAGAAUUGUAUUUAUUUAAUGACAUGGCUAACAUAUUUGAAUCAAAAAAAUAUUGUAAAAUAAAUGUAUUGGUUUA